GUCACUCUGCUGUUGCAACUGCCCCAAUGACACAGGCCACUGGUGAGCUGAGCACCUUAUCAUCGAGUCAGAGCACAAGUCGACCAGAACGUUUCUUUACGCGACAGGACUCGACAAGGCAGAUAAACUGGUGGAGGGACAUGGAGGAGAGUUUGAUAUGUGCACCUCAAACUGGGGGAGACGAACUGGAAUUUAACACAUCUGAGAGGGAAGAAAGAGGACAGGCACCUGAGGUAAGGGGAACCAAGAAAAAAUAAUGUGAAGCAAGAAGAAACAACCCACCAGUGAGUAGGAAACCGUAUGGGGGAGGAGAGUGGAAAAAACCUUGGUGAAAGAGAGAGAGGGGGCAAGUGCGUAAGGUACGACUGUGCCUGUGUGUCAGGUGUGCGUUAUUGCUGGUAACCAGGCAGGGACAGACCCAUUCUCAUGGGAACGUGACGCAACACAACAACAGAGAAAUACCACGGAACCCACAAUAACGAACCAAUCUGACUCAGACAUACGACAGAAUCUCCUCCUGCUGAUAAUGACGGGGGUGACUUGUGUUCUCUGACGAACUCUGGAUGGAUGGUUACAAGACAUGUGGAAUAUCUGUUGUGGUGACACAAUGCUUGGAACAGGCGUCUGGUGUCUAUUUACUUCUUCAUCAUAAGGACUACAGACUGAGCCGCCUCUAAGGAGUUGUAUCUGUGGUGGGGCUUUCUGGAUAAGGUGGAGCUAUUAUGUGGCAGCUGGAAGGAGCAAAAUGCAGCUUCCUGUUCUGCCUGGGAAUAAGCAUUAUUAUCUGUUCCGUCAUUUACUUGCGGGCCAGUAUACCACCACCAACAGCACCCAAGCCUCCGGAUCCUUCAUGUUGCAGGCCCUUUUCCACUGAAUGUAAAGCUGUCCUGCCUGGCACUGAGAUAGGAUUUGAAUGGGUCCGCCGUGACUGCCAGAUGGAUAUCCUGAAUAGUCACCUGCAGUGUUCCAAUUUGACCAAAGAGCUGCACUUCAUCACAAGACCUCUGAGCCGUGAGGAGGAAGAUUACCCUUUAGCAUUCAUUAUGACUGUUCACAAAGAACUGGAGGUUUUUGUGCGUCUGCUGCGGGCCAUUUACAUGCCACAAAAUGUCUACUGUAUUCAUGUGGAUGCUAAGGCUCCAUGGGAGUACCAGGAGGCUAUACGGAAGCUAGUCAGCUGCUUCCAAAACACUUUCCUCUCCAGCCGCAGCGAGACAGUGACCUACGCUGGGUUUUCCCGUCUGCAAGCAGAUGUGAACUGCAUGAGGGAUCUCGCAAAGUCCAAGAUAGGCUGGAGGAAGGUGGUGAAUCUGUGUGGACAGGAUUUCCCUGUCAAGAGCAACCUGGAACUGGUGCAGUACAUGCAGAGCAAAAAGUGGAGGGACAGAAACAUGACGCCUGGGGUGAAGCAGCCGGUGUCUAUGAGGCACAGGACAGAGCUCCAGCACAUGGAGAUCACAGGCUCACAUGUAGUUCUAAAAGGGAUGGGGAUGAAGAAAGGUCCUCCUCCACACAAUCUACAAGUUUACUUUGGAACAGCCUAUUAUGCUCUCACGAGGGCUUUUGUAGAUUUUGUUCUGAAAAGCCCAAUUGCUCAGGAUCUCCUGGAGUGGUCCAAAGACACGUUCAGUCCAGACGAGCACUACUGGGUGACACUCAACCACAUCAAAGAAGCUCCAGGCAGCCACAUAAAUGGAGACUGGGAAGGAGACAUCCGUGCAAUCAAGUGGAAGGACCAAGAGGGGAAAACGCAUAAUGGCUGCAAAGGGCACUAUGUACGAGACAUCUGUAUCUAUGGAAUAGAGGACCUGCCCUGGAUCAUUGAAACGAACAGCAUGUUUGCCAAUAAGUUUGAGAGAGACACCUUUCCCCAGGUGCUGGACUGUCUGGAGCAGUGGCACAGAAACAAGGUGCUCAGCCAUUCGACUGUUCCAAUAGACCCAUCAUGGCUGCUGGCUACACAGAGCAACUCAAGCAGCAGCAGCUACUUUAACAGCAGUGCUGGAGCAUGAAAGUGCUGUUGACAUCCUCAUCAAAAGACUGGUUACUUGCAGUUCAGAUGAUUUGCACUUCACAAAGGUGUGAGCAGGAACAUACUGAACUGAGAACAAAGGGAUGAUGCACUGUACAAUUCCUGAGUCUGCAGCAUGAUUACUGUUCACUGAUACAUUUGCUUAUUUAUUGUUUUUAUAACCAGGGGACAAUUUAUAUACAGAGAAGUGAAAUGUCUUUCCUUUACUGUAAUGCAGUCAGAGCACGAGUGUGACUCUUAUAGAAAAAUACAAGUGAAUAAUACCAUUUGGGACAACUAGAAGACACAAAGUAUUGAAUAAACUAGACUUAAUAUUGUUUAAUUAAAUCAAAUAUGCAAUGUUGUUAAAUUCAAUAUUUGUCAGUAUGUUGUUCAGUUUGACAAACUUUUGUCUGUCAAUCCUUU